AAUUUGCAGAACAUGCCAUGUGGCACUACCCAGAUUAUCAUACACAUUUUCCACUACAAUUGUGGAAUGAACCUUACUUGUUGAGUAUCACCUGGCUACCAGUUUGAAUUCACUUGUGAAAGAAUCACUUCUUUCUGCUUGGAAGCCACUCAGUGGCACAUUAAUUAUAAAUCCAGGAAUCACAACGUGUUUUUGAUUUCACAAGGAGGGACAUACCACUAUAUCAAAUAAGCUUAACAUUGCAGCCAAAAUGGUGCUGUCCCAAAGACAACGAGAUGAACUAAAUCGAGCUAUAGCAGAUUAUCUUCGCUCAAAUGGCUAUGAAGAGGCAUAUUCAGUUUUUAAAAAGGAAGCUGAAUUAGAUAUGAAUGAAGAAUUAGAUAAGAAGUAUGCUGGUCUUUUGGAAAAAAAAUGGACAUCUGUUAUUAGAUUACAAAAGAAGGUUAUGGAAUUAGAAUCAAAGCUAAACGAAGCAAAAGAAGAAUUUACGUCAGGUGGACCUCUUGGUCAGAAACGAGAUCCAAAAGAAUGGAUUCCCCGUCCACCAGAAAAAUAUGCAUUGAGUGGCCAUAGGAGUCCUGUCACUCGAGUCAUUUUUCAUCCUGUGUUCAGUGUUAUGGUUUCUGCUUCAGAGGAUGCUACAAUUAAGGUGUGGGAUUAUGAAACUGGAGAUUUUGAACGAACUCUUAAGGGCCAUACAGACUCUGUACAGGAUAUUUCAUUUGACCACAGUGGCAAACUUCUGGCUUCCUGUUCUGCAGAUAUGACUAUUAAACUAUGGGAUUUUCAGGGCUUUGAAUGCAUCAGAACCAUGCAUGGCCAUGAUCACAAUGUUUCUUCAGUAGCCAUCAUGCCCAAUGGAGAUCAUAUAGUGUCUGCCUCAAGGGAUAAAACUAUAAAAAUGUGGGAAGUACAGACUGGUUACUGUGUGAAGACAUUCACAGGUCACAGAGAAUGGGUACGUAUGGUGCGACCAAAUCAGGAUGGCACUCUGAUAGCAAGCUGUUCCAAUGACCAGACCGUUCGUGUGUGGGUUGUAGCAACAAAGGAAUGCAAGGCUGAGCUUCGAGAACAUGAGCAUGUGGUAGAAUGCAUUUCCUGGGCUCCAGAAAGCUCGUAUUCUUCCAUCUCUGAAGCAACGGGAUCGGAGACUAAAAAAAGUGGCAAGCCCGGACCAUUCUUACUGUCAGGAUCCAGAGACAAGACUAUUAAGAUGUGGGAUGUCAGUACUGGCGUGUGCCUUAUGACUCUUGUGGGUCAUGAUAACUGGGUACGUGGAGUUCUGUUCCAUUCUGGGGGAAAAUUUAUUUUGAGUUGUGCUGAUGACAAGACCCUGCGUGUAUGGGAUUAUAAGAACAAGCGAUGCAUGAAGACCCUCAAUGCGCAUGAACACUUUGUUACCUCCUUGGAUUUCCAUAAGACGGCCCCAUAUGUGGUCACUGGCAGUGUAGAUCAAACAGUAAAGGUGUGGGAGUGCCGUUGAUUGAGUCUCAGUUGACCCCUCCUCCCUUUUUUCCUCUGGAUGCACUCUGAUGAUACCAUGGUUACCCCAUUGAGCUCCGUUUAAAUAAAUAUUGUCCUUUCAUGUAAAUUA